AUGUCGCUCCUCUCGGCACAUCUAGAACAAAUCGCAUACUCAUGCGAAGGGAUAGAUUCCCUCCCCUUCCCGCCUCCCAAAAUCUUCACCAACGCACUCCUCUCCAGCCACGACAUCACCACCCUCCUCCGCGACACAGAACCCCACGAACGCGCCCUCUUCUCCGUCCCACCCCCGCCACCACCACCCACCAAACCAGCUCCCGAAGAGACCUCCACACGCUCCUCCCGCCGCCAAACAGUCUUCAACGUCUCCUCCGGCGAAGUAACAACCGGCGGGCCCCCCACCCGCGCCUCCGCCCGCCGCAACACAGCCGUAGCAGCCGUCCUCGGCGCCCCCAUGCACGAGCGCCUCCGGCGCGCCGAACUCUCCUCUUCCUCGCGGGACGACGUCGACAUCGAGGUGUUGCUGCGCGGGGCCGAGACGUUGUGUGGGGUUUAUGAGUUGCCGGGGGCGAGGAGACGGAUUGCGGAGUUGAGGGGGCGAGAGGCGGAUUUGAGGGGGACGAUGGAGUAUUAUGAGGGGAGGGUGAGGGAGCAGGGGGAGGCUUUGGAGGCGAUGAGUAAGGAUUGGAGGGAGGGGGAGGAGGAGGAGGAGGAAGAGGAGGAGGAGGACGUUUGGACGGAGGAGGGGCUGAGGGGGGAGGAGGAGGAGGUGAGGGAGCUGGAGGGGAGGAAGAGAGAGUUGCAGGAGAGGUUGAGGGCUAUGGAGAGGGAUUUGGGCGGGUUGAUGAAUAUGUGA